UCCCACGUGACCCCUCUCUCCCUCUGUCUCUCGCUUCUUCUCGUCUUCGUCUUCUCUCCUUCAUUCCUUCCUCGCAGACGAGAGAGAGCCUCUCUCCGAUAUGCUCUGUGCCCUCAUUGUUAUCGACGUGCAGAAACAAGAGCAGAUGGGUCAAAUUCUACACCAAUCAAAGCAUUGUUCUCGUUUUAGAAAGCCUCUUAUGGGGUAAAGAGAUGGUGGAAACAGUGAUACAUACCAAAAGAAUAUCUGAAAGAUGGAAGAGAGGCGAGAUGAAUCAAGCACUUCGCAGCAGGAUUCUUCAGAACUUGCGGAGAGGGUUAAGUCACUUUCUUUUGAACCUCAAGGUGAAGCUUUGGUUAGGGAGUCUCCUAGAAGCGUUGAGCAGGAUGUCUCUCCAGGUCAAAGAGCAUCACAGCAUCUUUGGGAUACCGGAAUGCUUUGUGAGCCGAUCCCUAAUGGUUUCUACUCGGUUGUCCCGGAUAAGAGAGUCAAGGAACUAUACAAUAGACUACCAACUCCGAGUGAGCUUUAUGCUUUGGGAGAGGAAGGUGUCAGAAUUGAAGUUAUUCUUGUGGAUUUCCAAAAGGACAAGAAGCUCGCAAUGCUAAAACAGUUGAUCACUACACUUGUCAGCGGCUCAAAUCCCGCUUUGGUGAUCAAGAAAAUAGCUGGAACGGUAUCUGACUUUUACAAACGGCCGACGUUGGAAAGCCCUUCGAAACUUGCUCUAGAGGAAAAUGCGUUUCUGUUUGAAAACCAUGGUGCUCAGUUGCUUGGCCAAAUUAAGCGUGGGUGCUGUCGAGCUCGGGCCAUUUUGUUCAAAGUUUUAGCCGAUACAGUAGGACUUGAAAGUCGCCUGGUGGUGGGUCUCCCUAGUGAUGGGACUGUGGAUUGCAUGGACUCUAACAAACACAUGUCUGUUAUAGUUGUGCUGAACUCCGUUGAACUUCUAGUUGAUCUAAUCCGGUUUCCUGGUCAUACAGAAAAAGAUGAGAAUCUUCAGUUUCAUCGGAAGUUAGAAGGAUAUUCAAACGCAUCCGGUCAAUCAUUGCAUAAUUUGAUGCUCAGACCUGCUACAGCUCUUGAUAGAAAAUUGAGCAACACCUCGCAUAGUGAACCAAACAUUGCCACUGUUUUCUGGAGACGUAGCCGCAGAAAAGUGAUUGCUGAACAGAGAACAGCUAGCUCGAGGUUUUCCCUUGCUCUUUCUGGCUUGUACUAUAGUAAUCAAAACCCAGAACACCCAUCUUUGCGAUCACGUGGAAGAUCAUUGUUGAGUACUGGCAGGAAUUCAUGUAGGGAUUACGCUGGUGACGCAUCUCCUUCAAGUUCAUCUGCAUCAGAAAUUCGUAAAAGUAGACGGCGAGGUUUCAGGAUGACACCAGAGAUUGGAGAUGACAUUGCAAGCGCUGUACGAGAAAUGUAUGAGAAAGCAAAGCAAACCCGUCUCUUGCAUGGACGAGAGGAGGGAAACAGCUCAGGUAUCGAUAACAAUGUGUCUGGUCUCCAUCUUGACGAUGACUUAAAUUCUAAGAAGACAAUGUCAUUGCCAUCAUCUCCACAUGCUUACAGGAGUCAAGGAUUUGGACGAAGAGGGCCUUCAGACUUUGCCGUGAAGGAUACAUGGAAUAAAGUGGUUGAGUCUUCCACAUUACAGAAUCAGCCUUUAUUACCCUAUCAAGAAUGGGACAUUGACUUCUCAGAGCUGACUGUUGGAACUCGGGUUGGGAUUGGUUUUUUUGGUGAAGUUUUUCGUGGAGUGUGGAAUGGGACAGAUGUUGCAAUCAAAUUGUUUCUGGAGCAAGAUCUUACUGCCGAAAACAUGGAAGAUUUCUGCAAUGAGAUAUCGAUUCUCAGCCGUGUUCGUCACCCAAAUGUUGUACUAUUUCUGGGUGCAUGCACGAAACCUCCACGCUUAUCCAUGAUCACAGAAUACAUGGAGCUGGGAUCUUUGUAUUAUUUGAUCCACAUGAGUGGUCAGAAGAAGAAACUUAGCUGGCACAGAAAGCUCAGGAUGCUAAGAGACAUCUGCAGGGGUUUGAUGUGCAUACACCGGAUGAAAGUAGUUCACCGUGAUCUAAAAAGUGCCAACUGUCUCGUGGACAAACAUUGGACGGUCAAGAUCUGUGAUUUUGGACUCUCAAGAAUAACGACUGAUGAAAACAUGAAGGACACUUCGUCUGCUGGUACACCAGAGUGGAUGGCUCCAGAACUCAUCCGCAACGAACCUUUCACAGAGAAAUGUGAUAUCUUUAGCCUUGGGGUCAUAAUGUGGGAGCUUUCUACUUUACGUAAACCAUGGGAAGGUGUUCCACCUGAGAAGGUUAUAUUUGCUGUGGCGCAUGAAAAGUCACGUCUUGAGAUUCCUGACGGUCCACUCAGCAAACUUAUUGCAGAUUGUUGGGCAGAGCCUCAAGAACGCCCAAAUUGUGAAGAGAUACUUAGAGGCUUGCUCGAUUGUGAGUACACACUGUGUUAGCACCACUUCUCUGUGAAGAAGGGAUAUGAGCUUGAAGAUGUUUUUAGCUUAAAAAAAGCAGCGCAGCAUCCUUUGGAUCUCUGCAAACCUGAGUGACAUAACUUCUUAAGAGCUCAAGGAUCUGUUGAGGGGAAGUUCUUAGUUCAGUUUUGAUAGCUGUGGAACAUUCAUGAACGAGGCACCAAAUGUAAACACAAACAAGCCGCGUCUGGUUGUGAUUCAGUGAGUUUUUGUUGGUUAGUGAAGAGCAUUUUGGUCUAUUUUAAGAAAAAUAUAUGUACAAUGUUAAUUCUUAUUUGCAAAGAAUAAAUAGCUCUUUGAUCUGUAUUUUCUUCAUCCAUUAUCUCUUGUGCCUUACGCACUUUCUUUCUUUAUUUAUUUCUUGUCAAGCAAUCUGUGCCACAGUAC